AUGGCGACUGUCGCAGAUCCUGCUCCGGCGAAGAAAUCGAGAAACAGCAGGAAAGCUCUGAAGCAGAAAAACGAGAUCCCUUUUGCUUUCGGUCAAUCUUUGGCACAAACUGAAGAAGAUAAAAAGGGAAAGAAGAAGAAGAAGGAUUGUCCUGAAACAAAGAGACCAUCGACGCCAUACAUCUUGUGGUGCAAGGAGAACUGGAACGAAAUCAAGAAGCAAAACCCAGAUUCCGACUUCAAGGAGACCUCGAACAUUCUGGGUGCUAAGUGGAAGACUCUGAGUGCAGAUGAGAAGAAACCUUACGAGGAGAAGUACCAGGCUGAGAAAGAAGCUUAUCUCCAGGUUAUUACAAAGGAGAAGCGAGAGAGGGAAGCCAUGAAGCUUCUUGAAGAUGAGCAGAAGCAGAAGACUGCAAUGGAACUGCUUGAUCAGUACCUCCACUUUGUUCAAGAAGCUGAACAGGACAACAAGAAGAAAGCCAAGAAGAUAAAGGAUCCCCUGAAGCCUAAACAACCCAUCUCUGCUUACCUGAUCUAUGCAAAUGAGAGGAGGGCUGCGUUACGAGAAGAUAACAAGAGCAUUGUGGAGGUUGCGAAGAUGACUGGAGAAGAGUGGAAGAACUUGACUGAUAAACAAAAGGCUCCCUACGAUAAGAUGGCAAAGAAGAACAAGGAGAAAUACCUUGAAGAGAUGGAAGGAUACAAAAGGACAAAGGAAGAGGAAGCCAUGAGCCAGAAGAAAGAAGAAGAGGAACUCAUGAAACUCCAUAAACAAGAAGCUCUCCAGCUUCUCAAGAAGAAGGAGAAAACCGACAACAUCAUAAAGGUCAUUGACGCCUUUCUUAUAAUCAAAGACGCAAGAAAAAGUUUGUCUGAAGAGCAUCCUGGGAUUAACAACUCGACUCUUACCGCCCACAUUUCAUUGAAGUGGAAGGAAAUGGGUGAAGAAGAGAAGCAAAUUUACAAUGGAAAAGCUGCAGAGCUAAUGGAAGCGUACAAGAAAGAAGUGGAGGAGUACAAUAAGACCAAGACUGCGUAAUAGAGAAACCUAAUUCAGUAGUAGAAAAAAAAAGAAGAAUGUUCAAGUUUGCUCAUAUUGAACAUCUCUCUCUUAUGCAAAAAUGACUUUGCUUUUAAAUUUUUUAGGAUUUGAACAUUAGGGUUUGUUUCCUCUCAUCCUAUUGUGAAAAAUCAAAAUCUUCUUUUUCUCUAGAUUGUUUCAAUUACCGGAACUAAAAUUUAAUCAAACUAAAUUUUUAUAUUUUGCUAUAUUAAAUAAUCUCGAGAAUAUUCACUCCCUAAUUUAUUUAAAUCGAAUCGUGUAAGAACGUGUGGAAACCCGUGUCGAUCUCGGCCGUUGGAUCAAACUGAAAUUCCACGUUGAAAAUCGGGGAACUUCCUGUAGAGGUGUUAUUGGAGAUCAAUCCCGUGAAAUCAGACGGAGAAGAACUACCCACGUGGCAAAAGGUUCCACCACCGGUGCCGAAAUCUCCGUUGAUCGAGCCGUAAGAGUAAAACGGCGACGUAAUGGGGAAUGAGAAAGCGUCGCCUUCAAUACCGUUGGUACAUACCGUAAGAUUGGUCCUGAGAUUGUCGAGGUCAUUUCCGUAGUUUACUACUCUGGGGUUGGGUUUAGUUUCUCGCUUCUCCGGAGGUGGGAUCCCCUGUGAGCAAGUGUGUGUUCCUUUGUACGUCACGUCGAAGAUCGUUGGAUCACCGUCCGAUCUCUGAACCUGUUUUGUCGCCCAACAAUUCUGCGUGUUGCGAAAUGUGCAUCUAUGAUGAUACCUUGGAUAUUUGGCGCCCAAAAUGUCUUUCUGACCAUAUUUUCUCCAGCUGAAGACAUCAUCAUGAGGUCCUUCUAAGCCUCUCUCUGGGCUAAUUCUCACUUGCUCUGUCCACUUUGGCAACAUCUUCCUGCAAUGUUUCAAACCUAAGUUGUAAUCUUUGGAUCCCCCAUCAAGAAACUCUUCGCUUCUUGGACUUCCGUUAAUCGACUUUGGAGAUUCCGGAACUUUACCGGUAUUUGCUACCGGAACCGCCGCAACCGCCGCAACCUCCACCGUCUCAGUCGUCGGACUUUGUAGUGUGGUGGAUCCGUUUAGCAUCCAAAUUGCUUUCUCGUAUGAAGAAACGACCUGAUGUAAGAGAGUCUCCUUCAUCUCCGUCCUCAUACCUGAAGAAGAAGAUGAUGACGACGGCGGCGGCGGAGGAGGAGCUGUUCCGAGCUGAGCUUGGAGCUGCUUUGCCGCCUUUAGUCCAUGAGUCAACUCGCUUAGCAAAUAUUUCUGCUCCCAAUUCAACAUAUCCAUUGUUAUCGCACCAAAAGGGUAAUUUGGUCAGUUGUAGCGUGACUUCGGAAGCCGGUUAAGCCCCGGUCCGCCAGCUUCUGAUCGACCGCUUUAUAAAAGAACGUUUAUAAAAGAAGAUACGUUAUAACUUUUUAUGGCAAGGUUUUAGAUUUAGAACAUAUGAUCGAGGCUUAUGAGAAAAAGCUGAGAUUUUGGUAUUUUUAAGAUGAGAAUGUUUUGGGGGUUGUGUGUUAGAUAAAGAGUGUUCUUUUGGAAUUUAAAGGCUUUGGAUUUGAUUCGAGUGAAAAUGUGUUUGAAA